AUAGCAUAAAAAAUAAGGGCACAAUAAUUAUAACAGAGUUUUCAUCUUUCUCAAAAUAACUCUUUAAAUCAAAAACCGGCAUUGAAAAUGGCAGAAGAAAAGAAGGACCACUGGGACGCCAAUGAUUACCAGCACUCAGCUUCAUUUGUGCCGAAGCUUGCAGGCAAAGUCGUACAGUGGCUAGAUUUGCAACCAAAUGAUAAAGUUCUUGAUAUUGGCUGCGGCGGCAAGUUACUGGCUAUUCUACACAGAUCUGAGGCAUGACGUCAUUUACUAAACAUCACUUAGACGGCAUCUUAAACGCCGAGUUUGCCAAAGUUCUGGCAAAUGGAACUGGAAGUGUUCAUGGAAUUGAUAGCUCACCAGCAAUGAUUGACGCUGCACGCGAGCUAUGCAAAGAUUCCAAAAAUGCUACAUUUGAAGUGUUGGAUGCUGGCAAGAUCCAUACAAACCCUGAUCUGCAAAAGGGUUCGUAUAACAAGGCAUUUUCUAAUGCAGCCAUGCACUGGAUCCUCCGUUCGGAAGACGCUAGAAAAGUGUUCUUUCAUGACGUCUACGCCUCCCUUGCCCCUGGUGGCACAUUUGCCUUUGAGAUGGGCGGCCUUGGAAACGUCUCAGAGAUGAGCACAGCUUUACUGAUGGUUACGGCCAGACGUGUCGGUAUGCCAGCUGCACAGGCUGCGUUCCCGUGGUUCUUCCCUGAUGAAGAGUGGGCGACAGCCGAGCUCGAAAACGCUGGAUUUAAGGUCGAGAAGGUGGAGAGGGAAUGGAGACCAACGAAAGCGGACAAGGGUGGAGUUGAGGGAUGGCUACGAUUAUUUGGAGGAAUGAUUCUCGAGGUUAUUCCUGAAAAUGAGAGGGACGAGGCUGUCAAGGAGGCAGUUGAAGCGCUUAAGUUGGUGUGUAAGCAGCCCGAUGGUGGCGAGAUGGUUUCCUACGUCAGACUUAGAGCUUUGGCUACCAAGGUCUAAAGAUGUUUGCAAUGCCCAGACUUACUCUCUUUCCUAAAAAAAAUAAUUCCAU